GCACUGCAAUUCCCCACCCACCCCACAGCAUCCCCACGCCACCAAACCCUCUCUCUUUUCCCUCCCACUUCUCCACUGAAAGAACCCAAAACAAAAAAUUAAUCAUGCAGUCCGAAACGCUGCCACCCGAAACGCCCCCGAAUUUCUGGGGCAACAUGCCGGAAGAGGAGUACUACACCUCCCAAGGGGUGCGCAACACCAAGUCCUACUUCGACACCCCACACGGCAAGAUCUUCACCCAGAGUUUCCUCCCCUUGGAUACCCCCAACGUCAAAGGCACCGUCUACAUGUCACACGGCUACGGCUCCGACACCGGCUGGCUCUUCCAGAAGAUCUGCAUCAGCUUCUCCACCUGGGGUUACGCCGUCUUCGCCGCCGACCUCCUCGGUCACGGCCGCUCCGACGGUCUCCGUUGCUACCUCGGCGAUCUGGAGAAGGUCGCCGCUGCCUCUCUUUCCUACUUCGUCCACGUCCGCCGCAGCGAACCUUACAAGGACCUCCCCGCUUUUCUGUUCGGCGAGUCCAUGGGUGGGGCCGCCACCAUGCUUAUGUACUUCCAGUCAGAUCCCGACACGUGGACGGGGCUGAUAUUCUCGGCGCCUCUGUUCGUCAUGCCCGAGAACAUGAAGCCCAGCAAGGUGAGGCUGUUCCUGUACGGCAUGCUGUUCGGGAUCGCCGACACAUGGGCGGCAAUGCCCGAUAACAAAAUGGUCGGGAAGGCAAUCAAGGACCCGGAGAAGCUGAAGAUCAUAGCCUCGAAUCCGAGACGUUAUACGGGACAGCCUAGGGUUGGGACAAUGAGGGAAUUGGCUAGGGUGUGCCAGUACAUACAGGAUAAUUUCUCCAAAGUUACGGCGCCUUUUUUGACUGUGCAUGGGACGGCAGAUGGAGUGACGUGUCCGACGUCGUCUCAGCUGCUGUAUGAGAAAGCAUCCAGUGCGGAUAAGAGCUUGAAGCUUUACGAUGGAAUGUACCAUUCGCUGAUCCAAGGGGAGCCGGAUGAGAAUGCAAACAUUGUGCUGAGGGAUAUGAGGGAGUGGAUUGAUGAGAGAGUGGAGAGGUAUGGCUCUAAGAUUUCUUCUUAAUUGUAAAAAUAAAUAAGCACCCUCCUAUUAGAGAGGCAAAACUGAGAAGGAAAAAAAAAAAAAAAAAAAUUGUGGUUGAUAAUUGGGUAGUGUGUUCCACUGUGAUACAAAAAUUGGGAUUUGAUCCAUGGUGUGGAUUAUCGUGGAAUUUAAUUCUAAUGUAAUAAAAAGAAAGAAAAAAGAAAAAGGAGAUAAGUAAUUUAAAUUUAAA